AUGCACAUCCGAUCGAUUAUCUCGAUCUUUUAUGGCGAGAACUUUACGGACCAGUAUUACGACGCUGCAGAGGCUCGCGAGCCUGUCGUAGAGGAGGCUAAUGCGACUGCUGAAGACGAGGGAGGCCGUGAACCAGUGACAGUGCAAAGGGACGGUGGAGAAGAGGGAGGCCCGGAAGCAGGUGCAGAUGAAGCGGACGAUGAGGAGACGGAGUCGGAAUAUGGGGACCCGAUCCUGAAUGUAGGAGAACGUUUGGCAGACGAAGGGGAUGGUGAAGAGGAGGAAGCCGAGUUCAUGGACGCAAGCGAGGGAGACGACGACGAUGCAAGUUCGGAUGACGAGGAAGAUGAAGAGACUGAGACCGAUUUCAGCGACGCCAAGCUUCCGGGCGUGUGGGUGUUGAGCAUUCAAACACCACUCGACCGUCACAACGCCAACGAUCUGCAGGGGACCAGCAGCCCUCUCAAGGCCAACGAUCUGCAGCGGACCAGCAGCCCUCUCAAGGCCAACGAUCUGCAGGGGACCAGCAGCCCUCUCAAGGCCAACGAUCUGCAGGGGACCAGCAGCCCUCUCAAGGCCAACGAUCUGCAGGGGACCAGCAGCCCUCUCAAGGCCAACGGUCGGCGCGACGUCGACGACGCAGGCGGGGCAGACGAUCUGCGCACGGCCUAUACGACGAGAAUUCAAGCUACACUCGUCGUCCCCUGUUUAUGGAAGACACCGGCUUCCAUGGGAGCGAUCCACCGCAGAGCGACGCCGAGAGAGCUCACAGGAAUGCUCGCUGCCGUGCACGUCGACGGGUUAUCCGCACACACUAGAUUACAGUACGCCUGCAAUUGGCACCAUUACAAGCGCUGGGUUUUACUGAUGAUGAUGACUCUGCUGGCAGACGUGAUUCCAGAAUCCGAGAAAAUUGACCCCGACUACCCAGACGAAGUUGGAAGGUACAUGGGCGACGACGCGCGACUCUCGUGGGAAUCGGUGGAUGACUCCGUGCAGCAUCUGCACGGACCCCGGGUUACCGGCAGGAGGAUUAUGCGCUACCUCGAGUACUUGUUCAAUGAAACACCUGAACAAGCACGUACCCUCAAGGGAGAUGCGCCUGUCGUUGCAGGGAGGGAGCCCAAGCCCAGCACCCCAAAGAUGAUUAAGGCGAAGAUGAACGCUAUCGGCUGCCUCGGCAGAUGCGAGUCUGCGCUGUACGACUACCCACUUACCAAGAUGCAAGACAAGGUCGCAGAGGGCAGGGCGUUUAUGAGAGUGAAGCUGGUCAACCUCAACGAGGAGCAGAUUAGAACCGGAGCGGAUCAACACCGUGGGUCUCUCGACGAUUGCUACAACGCAGACCAGUACAGGGAGCUGCAUCACAACACUCUUCCCGAAGAGACUUUCAAGAUCUACGCGAGGAGCAAGGAUUUCCCAUCUCAGGCGCUGUGGAGGGUUCUCGCCGUCAAGGUCAUGAUUCAGCUGGCGCACCAGGUCCUCGGGAGGGGAGUCUCCAUUCGGAAAAUCCGAUUCGCCAACAUGUUCAUCCGCAUGUGCCGCAGCAGCACCCGCGUAAAUGGGAAGAUGGACCUUCCCGUGCUCGUCAUCGCCUCGAGGAAAACAAAGACCAAUCUUUCCAAUAACCUGACACAUCAGUAUCUGGCAAGGCACCUCGACUGGCAGCUCCGCGGUGUUGGGGGGGUUUUCUUGUGGAUUCAUUGGCUCUACGAUCUCGUGCCGAUUCGAUACGGGAACAAGGUUCUGCCUCGUCUCAACUUUCGGAAGCCACGAAGGUGGUCCAAGAAGCACCUAUUCUUCGGCAUAAGGAAGCCGAAUGACCCUCCUCCGCAAAGGCAAGACGAGAUGAAGUACGAGACUCACAACAACUGGAUCCGCUGGGUCAUGAAACAGGCAAAGUGGAUGUUCAGCAAGGUGACCCACAUUUUCUGA